CUCUCUCUCAGUCUCACUCUACUCUCGGCGCUUUCGACUUUCUCAAACGAACAAGACUUGAGAAGAAAAGCAAUUCAGUUUGUUAAGCAAAGAAAGGAAUACUUUUCUGUAGGAAGAAAAAAGCAUAAAUGAACAAGACUUGAGAAAAGCAAUUCAGUUCAGGACUGUCUUCUGGGUAGUUUUGGAUUGAAGGAAGGUAUGGAAUCUUCAGAUGACGAGGCUAAGGCUCGGCCACUAUCUGUUUCAAAUUACCAUUUUGAGGAUGGAAAUGAUGAGCCUGUUUCAUUUUCUGUUUUGCCAAUUCAAUGGAGUGAGAGUGAGAGAAUUGGUGACGAAAAUGUUCAGAUUUUUCUGUAUGGGAAUGCUGAUAAUGGGCUUCAGAAAAUAUAUAAGCAUGUCAUAGCUUGGAAGUUUGAUCUCUCCAAUGCGAAGCCCGAGAUUUCGGUGCUCUCGAAGGAGAAUUGUUGGAUUAAGCUUCUGAAGCCCAGGAAGAGCUUUGAGGGCAUAGUUAGGUCAAUCUUGAUGACAGUGCACUGUCUCCAUUUUGUAAUGAGACAUCCUGAAAUAUCUGGGAAAUCUUUGUGGAGUCACAUGUUAAAACUUUUCAGUUUGCAUGAGGUCAAGGCUUUUGAGAGUGAGCUAGUAGAUCACUCUUGUUUAAUUACUGAAGCUUUUACAAGGAAUGAAGCCUUAGCAAAGUCUAAGUUUUUAUUCCACUUUCUCAACAAGAAUCCUAAGAAGAGGAAACUACGGGAUGAGUAUUUAGUCCAAUUUUUCAACAAGAAUCCUAAGAAGUGGAAACUACGUGAUGAGGACUUCGAAUCCAAAGCAGCGUCUGGGUUUGUUGUUGAUAUGGUGGAUGAUAUUGUUGAUGUUGCAGAAGAAGAUAAAUCCAGUGAAAGUCAUGAUAUCUACGAUGAUCUCUGUGCCUUUUGUGAUGAGGGUGGUGAUCUAUUGUGUUGUGAAGGGAGGUGCCUGAGGUCUUUUCACGCAACCAAGAAGACUGCCAUGGAUGCAAAAUCUCAUUGCGAUUCUCUUGGCUUGACCAAGGAUGAAGUAGAUGCGAUUCCAAAUUUUCUCUGCAAGAACUGCGAAUAUAAACAACACCAAUGCUUUAUUUGUGGGGAAUUGGGGUCCUCUGAUACAUCUUCAGGUGCUCAGGUCUUUUGCUGCGCCUCUAUAACAUGUGGCCAAUUUUACCAUCCACAUUGCUUAUCGAGCUUGCUUCAUCAAGAUAAUAAUGAUUCUGCGGAAGAAAUAGAGAAAAAGAUUGCUGAGGGGAGAUCUUUCACGUGUCCAAUUCAUAAGUGCUACAUUUGCAAACAAGGAGAGAAUAAAAGAGAUCCUGAUUUGCAGUUUGCUGUGUGCAGGCGAUGUCCUAAAUCUUACCAUAGAAAGUGCUUGCCAAGGAAGAUCGCUUUUGAAGGAAAUAAAAAGGAGGGUAUAGUACAAAGGGCUUGGAAAGACCUAUUACCCAAUCGGAUUCUAAUAUAUUGCUUAGAGCACAAGAUGGAUGAAAGAAUUGAAACUCCAGCCAGGGGCCACAUAAUAUUUCCGGAUGUUGAAGAGAAGAAGAGUGCUACUAAAAAGAGCAAGAGUAGUGUUGAACAUACAUCCUCGAAGCCACCAGGAGACAGUAGGAAAACUGAGUCAAACACGAGAAUUCCAACCUCUGUAGAAUGCAAUCAUGGAACUGCUGCUUGCGAAACAUUGAAACGAAAGGAGAAUACUUCUGCAAAUUUAGGUGGAAACAAAGAUAAUGGAAAGCUCCGAUCUGCGACAAAUGUCCCUAUGAAAGUUCAUGUAAAUUAUGCAUCCAAAAAGAAAUCCAAGUCUCCCACGGUUAAAGAAAAUAAGUCCUUGCAGAAGCGAAGGAAACAAGAAACAAAUAAGUCUGCAGAAGAUAAGCCUGUGACCAAAAAAUUGUGUCGUUCAACUUCUCAAUUGGAUUCUGAUACAGACAGGAGAUUGUUGGAUUUAGUAGACGAUGUUGAAUCAUCUAUAAAUCUGGAAGAUAUUAGAAAAAAGUUCAAAGUUCCAUCUACUCAUACAUCCUUGAAAGAUGUUGUGAACGAGACUAUUACAAUGGAAAAGGUUCAGUCUUCAGUUGAGGCGGUUCGACCUGCUUCACAGAUACCGGAGGAAGUAGGCAACAUUGAAGAUGCAAAAGCUGUUUGUGAGCCAGAGAUUCUUGGCCAGAUAUUUAACUGGAAGAUUGUCAAUAAGCUACAUGACUAUGUAGAAGGAGGUGAUAUGAUAGUGGAUAUCUGCUAUGGUGAUAAUGAUUUCAAUCUACUAAUGAAGAAAAAACUUGAAGAGAGGGGAAAGAAAUGCUUUUACAAAAACUAUGAUCUACUUCAAGCUAAGAUUGAUGACCGUUCUGAAAAGAGAGAUUGGAUGACUGUCCAGCAAGAGGAGCUGCUAACGGGUUCAAAAUUGAUAAUGGGGCUAAAUCUUCCAUUUGGUGUCAAAGCAGCUGUUGCAAACGAGAUCAUUGAUAAGGCUCUUGAAUUUAAGCCAAAGCUCAUUCUACUUAUGCUUCCACGAGACGAAGCACAAAGGUUAGAUGAAAAGACACCACCUUAUGAUUUGAUUUGGGAGGAUCACCGGAUUCUAUCAGGAGAGUCGUUUUAUUUGCUGGGAUCUGUUGAUUCAAAUGAGAAACAAAUAGAAAAGGCAAAUGUGAAGCCACCUGUACUCUAUCUAUGGAGCCAUCCUGAUUGUUAUGCCGAACAUGAUUUUAUAGCUCAAAAGUAUGGUCACUUUUCCAUGCAACAAGAUCCGAUGGAAAAGAGUCAUGCUGAAAAUCUGAUCGUCAAUUAUCCAACACACGGUCGUGUUAAUAAUGAUAUCAAAUACAAGCAGGCUAAUGAGCAUGGGAGACAUGAGAGCCGCAGGAGUCUUGAUUAUACGAAGAAAGACUCGAAGGAGAAACGUGGGGAAUGGCAGAAUGACAAAAGGAUGCAUGGAAGAGCAAGGGUAGAAACAGCAACAGAGUGCAAAUUGGAGAUGCAUCCUUCGCAUGUGGAGCGUGGUGGAAAUUUUCAUCAGAACUUUCAGGAUCGCCUGUCUCCUUCACCAAUGGAACAACAAUGGAAUGACACAAAGAAACAUGGAAGAUCAAAGGUUGAGUCCGCAACAGAGCACAAAUCACAGAGGAGUCGUUCACAUGCAGAGCUCGGUGGACAUAGUCAUGAGCAUUAUCGGAAUUGCAUGUCUGCUUCACCAACGGAACAACGACAACAGAAUGACACAAAGAGGCAUGGAAGAACAAAGAAUGAAACCGCAUCAGAGCGCAAAUCAGGGAUGAGUCCUCCACACACGGAGCUUGGUGGACGUAGCCAUCACACUUUCAGGAAUUACGUGCCUGCUUCACCUACCGAGUCGGUAACCACCUUUCUGGAGAAACGGGCUAGAACUUCGGAUGACAAAUUUGGAAGGCAUUACAUGAAUAGUGCUGAGCACGGAACUGAUCAUUAUAGUGCAAGAAAUCGCUUUGGCAAUAGAGACUAUAUUAAUGGAAAUAAACAGAAGCACAAAGAGGAAUCUAAUAUCAGGUCACAAGAUUUGCAUUCCUCGGGAAGCAAUUAUGUAGCAGGCCAGAAAUCUGGACACAGCCAGAUGGGAUCACUCACAUUGAACUCGCAUUCUUGCAGAAAUCCGACUCCAUCAGUAGCCGAGCCUUCUUAUCCAAUAGAAGCAUCAACAAUGCAGCAUUCUCCAAGAGAUGAUUUUGAGUACACACGGAGCAGAUUAUAUGCUCGAUCAUCUGGUAUGGAUUUUGCUCUUGGUCCUAAUUUAGAAUACUCGAGCACGCACUCGGCUGGUUGGCUUGAACCCGAUGAAUAACCAAGUACGUCGACAUUGUCUCCUCGUAGGCCUUGGCGCGAUUUUUUCAUAGAAUGAAACACUAACAUGUAUGGUUUUUCGGCAAAGAUGAUGUACAUAGAUAGAAGGAUUACCAUUCGUAGUAGGUUUGGACUGGAGAGUUCAUUAACACGUCUGUUUAGUUGUUAAUAGGUUGCUUUUCUUUGA